AUGGCCGCCCCAACCGAGGCGCAGAUCGCCCACCAGGAGCUUAUAGAGAAGCUCGACAUUCACUCUAUUCACAAGAACUUCCGCAGCUCAGGCUGGAAGCCCAACCAACGCCGAAACAAGAACCUCAAGGCCAUCGUCGGUGAUGCUUCCCGAAGAGAAGCCUCUGCUCUAGGCACGCCAAUGGACGCCAGCGGCAUCGCUACACCAGCCGACGAUGGACUCUCGACAAGCGGUACCAGCACACCUGCCACCGAGAGCGGCAAAGAACCCCCAAACCUUGCGCAAGCAUCACGGAAUCUGUCCAAACUUGUUCUCGAGAAGAGUCUCAAGCCAGGCGGCCCUGCAUCGGCUCCAACCGCUACGUACACCAACAUCGAGUCGGCGCCUUCACUCGCGCAUAGCAAACAUUACUGUGACGUGACGGGCCUGCCAGCUCCCUACCUUGACCCAAAGACGCGACUGCGCUAUCACAAUAAGGAAGUGUUUGGCCUCAUCAGGACGCUACCCCAGGGUGUCGCUGAACAGUUCCUCGAGGCUCGUGGCGCUCACACGGUCCUCAAGUGA